AUGCUUCCUAUUGGUAUAACGCAAUCGUUGCCAAUCUAUCAUGAAGACCCCGGUGUUCCUCCUCUUGGUCAUAUUGGCCUCCCUCCUGGGACUGGCCGUCUCCCAGAACCGAUCUGAUCCUGCGUGGAUGGAAAGUCAGAAGAAAUUGGAACAGUGGUGCAAACUGAACCUAGGACCCGCCUAUGGUGGCAGAUGCAGAAAAUAAGCACAUUGUUUUAUGAUAAGCCAAGAUAUGAUUGCCAAGAUCCGCCAAUGGAUCUUACGCAAAUAAACUUAGAUACGCAUGAA